AUGGCGGGAACCGAAGGGGGUCAAGCAGCGGCGGAUUUCCCGAGCUUCACGGAAUCGAUCUGCCUUUUCUUCUACUUCUUCUUCUUCUUCUUGGCCGCCAAGCUCUUCUUCACCGCAACACGGCUAGCGACAGGGGGCGGAGAUACCGCGAGACUGGUCGGCGGGAAAAAGAUCAACGGUGUUAGAGUUCAACCGCGAUCUGGUUUCUCGGGGAACGCCGGUCGAUCGUUUGUCUCCUGA